AUUCUUUUGACUAAUGAUGUCGCAAUGUGACACCACACCACAAAGAUAAUGGAGAGACUUGAGGAGAAAGAAAUUACAUAAAAACACUGCAUCAAAACUCCCUCCACCAUAAGAACAAUUUCUUAGUUCUCAAAGUUCUAACUCUCCCACCUGUUUUAGACAACCUCGUUCCAGUCCCUUCUUUCCAACCAAAAGUGUUUUAGUUGGGAUAUGUCUCGUCUGAGGCUAGGAAAGAAGCUCCAACCUGCUAAGAAGGCUUGGAAGAGCUUCUCCAACAAAGUGCAAUCAAAAGUCCAAAAACUCAACAUUCCUAAAGCCAUCAAAACCACCUUCAAACGCCUUCUUGCCUCCUUGCACUCCCUUCAUUACCUCAUACGCUCGAGAGGUCGUCGUCGGUCUCUCGCUUCUAAUAAUUACCAUGUUCAUGUUCAUGUUCAUAGCAAGAAGAACAUAUCUGCCAUAAGCAUAGAUGACCUCUUUACUGAGCCUGCUUCUUCUUCUGUGCAUGCACAUGAUCAAGGGGAAACAAGCAGAGGCAAAGAGGUGAUAAAAAAGGAUUUGGCAGAAGGGAGCAGUGACAUGAAUACUAUAGAGGAUGCAUGGAAGGCUUUGGUUGCUAAGUCACCUCAGCUACACGUGGAUCAGAAGGCAGAAGAAUUCAUUUCCAAGUUUCGUGAAGAUAUGAGGCUUCAGAAAGAGAGGUCUUUGCUUGAAUUUCAGGAGAUGCUAGCCCGAGGUUCCUGAAAUUUAUGUGUGUUAUUCAUACUGACCUAUGGAACAUGGUUCUAUGGAUUUUCUUUUAAGGUAGCCAGUUUAAGUGGAUUUUGCCAAAAAAAACUGUGGCAGGAUAUAUAUCUAUUCUUUAGGCUUUUGUAAGGGAUUAUUUACCCUCUUUACAUUGUUUUUAUUCUUCAUUCUCCUGUAUAUCUCAUCAAGGAUGCAUUAACAUCUAGAAAACUCAACGUAGUUGCAGGACCUUCUUUUAAGUGUCAAAGAUAAAGCUUUCCCGUGUUAUCUGUAGGUAAAAAGGCAGAGUAUCGAGGCCAAAAAAAUUAGGACUAAGUGUUUGUAAAAAGGGUCUUACUUUUUUGCUGGGAAAUUGUUUUCUGAAAUGGAAAGGGGAAUUAGCAAUAAAAGUUGUAGCAUUGUGCAGAA